AUGUUUGUUUUUAAUACAGUGCUUGUUGCCAGCGUAUUAUUAUUUAAAUGUGAUGCCGGGAUUGUGGACACACUACAAAAAUGCAGCAUAAAAAACGAUGAGUGCAUGAGUGCAUCAUUCCAAAAAUCAGUACGCGAAAUCGGCAGCGAUGGUAUUCCUGAACUAGACAUACCUCCCAUAGAUCCCAUGCACAUCCAAAAUGCAUCUGUAGUAAUAUUGGGAGGGAUCACAGUAACCAUAACAGAGGGAGUCGUUAAGGGAAUCAGUAAAUGCCAAAUAAAAAAAUUGCAUAUUGAUUUGGACAAACAAGUUGGCACGCAAGAAGUCCUAUGUGACCUGACAAUCAAAGGGCAUGUCACUAUCGGGGGUUCGAGUCCAACUAUCAAAGGUCUCUUAGGAACUUCUUCGAUUGAUGGCAACGGGAAGGGCAAGGUGAAACUUGAUAAACUGUACCUGAAUUUCGAUUUUCCAAUUUAUCCUAUUAAGAAAGAAGAUGGUAACACUUAUUUUAAAGUUUUUUACGAAAAUGUGGACUACAAAUACGACAUUGAAAAAGCUACUUUCGCGGCCGAGAAGAUUUUGAUUGGAAAAGACGAUAUCACUCAACUUGUUGUUCCUUAUUUGAACACAAAUUUUAAAACAUUGAUGAAAAAUAUCGGUAAGAAUUUAAUGGACAAAGCCAUGGAGUACUUUCACGAUUUUUCCAAGAAGUACUUCGAAGGCAUCCCAACAAAGAAUUACAUCACCGAAGAUCUUUCAGACUACGUUAAAAACUAAUAGCAAGUAAAA